GGCUCUUCUCCUCUGCCACUUCGUCUUCUUCCCGUGAAACAAUUUCGACUGAGUUCUAAUCCAUCCAUCAGUACUCUACAAUCAAUUUUUUUUUAUGGUUUCGUUACAUCUCCUUCUUUUCCUCCUCACACAGACAAUAUCAAAGCUUGAGUUUGAUUUUGAGAGAAAGAAGUUGAACAAAGAUGAUGUCAGAGAAUUAAUCUACCGAGAGAUAUUGGAGUAUCAUCCUCAGAUGCUGGAGGAAUACAAGCGCGAUGGUGAUCAGCUUAGCUUCAUGUACCCUAGUGGGGUUGAUCGAUUCAAGAGGCAGUUUGCUCACCUUGAAGAGAAUCAAGGUAAACCAGGGGCAGGAGCAGGAGGAGGAAGAAGUACUGCAAUGCAUAGACACCAUGCUUCCUUGCCAAGAGAGAGAGUUCCUGCUCAGAGUGGUGAGACUGCAGAAGAAAGCAGUGAUGUUGAGAGAAGAGCAGCAGCUGCUGUGGCUUCAACUUUGGAAUCUGAGGAACCAGACAAUGGAGGAGGUUACAGUGCUCGUAGCCUCAUGAAGAGUUCGAGCAUCAGCGGUUCUAAAUGCAUUGGUGUCCAAUCUAAAACCGACAAAGAGGACACCAUAGCUGAGGAAGGAGAUGGUGAAUCAGUGGCGGAGCUUACUGAUAGAGUUGCUUCUCUUCGUAAUUCUUAAAACGUUUUUGUUUUAUUUGGCGUUUGGUGAAAGUUUUCUGGUGAAAAAAUUGGUUUCUAUAUUUUAUUUUCCCUUCUUCCACAUUAUCUUCGUGGUUGGGUUUGAUUUGUUGUAUUUAAUAGUUUGGAGGUGAGAAUGAGAACUUUUAAUAAGAACACUAUCUCCAUGUAAUUUCUUUUAUCCUUUUCUAUAAAUUGUUCUUUCAAGCU